CAGACUAUAUAAUAGCUAUUAGGUUUGAUAAGUAUUAAAUUUCAAGUUAUGUACAUUGCUCCCUUUUCUUUUUUAAUUGCAGAACAUUUUAUUUCUUUAGAAAAUAUUGUCUCAGAGGAAAUAAUUUUCAUUGAGUAUAGAAAUAAAUUUUGGUGACUUUCAUAUUUGUCCACCACUUUGAUCUAGUAUUUGAGUAUAAAGUAGAUCUUAUCAUUUAUAUUAGGGAUACCUGAAAGUGUUUCAUUUUAAACUUUUCCAUUAAAAUCCAAGCAGAUUUGAAAAAGAUAGGAUUUGUCUUUGUAAAAGAUUAAAGUCUGUACAGUGUAUCCUAUAGAUGCUUUACUAAUGGCGGGGUGCCAAUAGCACCAUUCUACCGAAUUCUCCAACUAGAUGCCAUCUGAUUUUUUUCUCAAUUGGCAGCAAUCAUUUGCAGAAAUCUAAUAGAUCAAUAGAAAUGUUUACCUGUCCCUACCUGUAGAUAUUUAACAAGUUGGUGGAAUUGCCUCACCUGGGCAGAAAAAUAAAAAUUGUCACAGUCUUUUAAAUAUCUAUCACAUCACUGUGGGGCAGAGGCACUGAAUGCAUUAAGGCGAUCAUACUUGUAUUUCGAGGGUAUAAAAACUUUCGUGAUGAAGUUAAGAAACAGUUUAUGUUAUAUAUUGACUUGGAUUAUUUUGGUGCUGGCCACUUGAUUUAUAAAUAGGAUUAAUACAGAAGAUAAUGUCUCUUACCUCUAUAAUCCCCACCGAUUGAUUUCUGAUUUGGUGACUUUAGAAAAUCACAUCUGGGACGCUUUAUUGAAUUAUUAGAAUGUCAGCACGGAAAAGAAUGCCUCGUAAACAAAAGCAUGUCAGAAUGAAUGGUGUGUCAGUGAGUGGUUCUGGGGAUUGGAGUGAUGAUGCUGUCAAGUCAGGCUCCAAUACUGGAUUUUCUGACCCAGAAAAUGAAGAAGGAACAACAAGAAGGGGAGACAAACACUUCACCAAGAAGUAUGAUCCUUAUAAUGCAGUGCUGGACAAAAUUGAUGCAGAGUUGUCUUCCAUGAAAAGUGGUUCUCAGCCAAGUACAAAGGGAGAUAAAUCACAGUCCUCAGAUUUUGAUGAGUUAACAAGAAGUCAGCUUGCAAAACCUGAUAAUUCAGAAAGGUACAGAAAAGUUCUUGAACCUCCGUCCUCAGGUUUAGAUAUUUCGAGGGGUCGACACAUUAUUGGCACAGCAGAGAUCUACAGCGAUGCUGCAGGGGGGACUGAUGCUGAGGAGAGAACAAAUGCUCCAAGUGAUUUGGACUCGCUCAGUGCUCAGCAAGUGGAUGAAAAGUUCAAAGAAAUCAUGAGGAAGAAAAGAGGGAAUUAUCUGGACAACUUGAGAGCCAGUUACCCUCAGAGUGACACAGACACCAUCAGGACUGAGGACUUUGAGAAGACUUUCAGGAAUGCCAUGGUGUAUAACUCUGAUGAUUCAUCAACUCUGGUACUGUCUGAUGAGGACAGAUUGGAUGAUUCUUUUGAUGAAAGUUUACCUCCACCCCCGAGUUGUGUUGUUGAUCCACCCCCUAAUACAGGUUCCAGAUUAUCUGCUGUGGCAGAGGAGCCUGAUUCUACAACGAAACCGAAACUUAGUUUACAAACUAAAACACUAGCUGCGGCACACCCAGCAGUCCCAGUUGUGCCCCAGACAGAGAGAUCGAGUCGCAGUAGAAAGAGACGCACCCCCCAGGCCAGUGAUGCUGAAUCGGUUAAAACUGAGGACUUUGAAAUCAGAUUUCAAGAUUUGAUGGUACAGCCCACACAGAAUGGCAGGGACUCGGGGCAGGACAGUGAACCUGUGGACCCUCUUCACAGAAAAGUCAGGGAAAUACUCAGGGUCUCCGCCCCCUAUAAAACCAAAUCUAGAAAUGGUUACCAUAGAAAUAAAGCAGAGAGCGAGGAAAGACCCGUCUCCAAGAAGGUUGACAGACCCAAUGCCAGGAUGGACCGAGAGGAACUGGCUCAGGAAUCCGCCAGAAUUCAGAAAGAGAUGGACGAGAGAAAGACUCGUGAUCACGUCUCCCGCAGGGACGAAAAGUCCCCCACCCGUACUGCCAUGAGUUUAUCCACCUCAGCCAUGAACAGAUUUCCUUCCUAUGAAGAGCUGAGAUCACAGCUACCUCCAGGAUGUCCGGACCCCCUGACUGGACGAUUCAGCCCCUCCCCUCAGGAUAGAGUGAGUUCCUCCUCUCCCCCUCCCAAACAGAAGUCUGAUUCUGUCCAGCCGCCCGAGCUAUACGGUCAGCCUAGUUCUCCCCGGGACCUACACAGGAGGUCUGUUUCUCCUACAGAAAGGAGCAGGAAGUACUCAGAUGUACAGAAUCCCAGCACACGGAGCUACUCUCCCAACAGAAUACCAGACGUUCAAUUGGAUUCACCAACUAUGACAAGUUCUCCAAGAGAAAAGAAAUCUUCUCAAACACCAGACAGAACAGAACCAUGUGUAGAAAAUCCUCGCGAGCAAGAAAGAAGUCGGCAAGUGACACGACCCAAAACACAGAAACCAAUAGACAGAUACGAUGACCAGGACAGUGAUUUCAGUGAUGUGAUUGACAGUUCCCUGUAUGACAGGACUGCCCCUAGUCAGACUUUUAACCCCAUUACCAGUUCCCCUAUAGACAGAGGGAGGACCAGGAGUCGUAGGUCUAAUGAUUACGAGGGCCAGCCCACCAGUAGGAGUCUCUCGGAGAGGCCAUUCUACGGUCGUUCUUCGUACGACCAUGAGAGGAGCCAGAUGUCACCAGAGAGGCCUCAUGUUUCACAGGAAAUUCCUGAUGUUUCUUUGGGAAGAAUAAGUCCUAUUCUCAAUGGAAGGGGUUCACCAAGAGCUACUGAAGAAAAACUGUCUGUUUCAUUCCAAGAUUUCCCACCACCAGCACAGGAUGAUGGUAGAAGUUCCCCCUCAUAUCUAGAUCUGGCUUACAACAAGGAGAGGCCAUCGUUUAGAUCAGAGUGGAUUGCCAGAGGAGUACCUUCUAGAUCAGAAAGUGAAAGUGAACCAAAGUCCUUGAAGAGAGCACUGCUGGAUGUUAGAACUGCAGAGAAACAACUGAAGGAAAUUAAAGCCCUGACUGAGGAUGCCAGGACACAGUUGAUGCUGACAGAAUUUAAGAGAGACAACAAGCAGAGAGAUUAUGAGAGGAUGAGUGAAGAUUUAAACAGGAGAAAGCGGGAACUGAAAGGGUAUGAGGACCAGCUAAGGUCAAGGACAGGUGAUAUUCUACAGAUGGACCAGUCUCAUCUUGGGGAUAAGACUCUUGCCCUUAUCCAGGAGAAUGAGAGUCUGAAACAUCGACUAAGACAGGCUGAUGGACUCGAGUUAGAGAGAGAUGAACUCGUCAGACAGCUCGAGAUGGCAAAGGAAGACCUCUUCAAUGAGCAGAAACAGGCCAGGCAUAAGACUGAGGAACUCAAAGAUGAGAUAGAGAAUUUAGCGAGUCAGUUGGAGGAGAGUAGAGGUCCCUACCCUGUGGUGGACACCCAGAAAGUAUGGGAACUGGAGGAGGCACUGAGAAGGGUGGAGAAGGAGAAGACAAGUCUUAUCAGGGACAAAGCUAGUCUGUAUGAAGAACUUCAGGGAAUGUCCAAAACAACCAAAUCUGAGUACCAACCGAGGUCUGGGAAGGCUGAGGAGCUGAGAGCUCAGCUAGACAAGGUCUGUGUGGAGCUGGCCGACGUCAAGGAGAAGAACUCAAAGAUGGAGGAAACCAAUGGACGACUCAGGGAGCAGAUCGGAGAAUUGAAGAGACAGCUGGAAAGAGAGAAAACACUGAAAGAUGGGCUAUUGGAUGAUCAUAAAAGGACCCUUCAAACUCUCAGGAAAGAAAUGGACACUGCUAUGGGACAGAUGAGAGAGAAUUUGUUCUUAGAGAAACAGAAAGCUAUUGAGAACAUCAGGGAAGAUGUUGACAAGGGAAGGUCAAGGACAGAGGAACGCCUCCAGCGGGCCACGGCAGAUCACCAAAAAAUCCUCAAGCAAAAGGAAGAGGAGAUAACUCAGUUGAUAGAAGUGGUAGGGAAACUGGAAAAGGACAGGUCACUCCUGGAACGAAGAAUCAAGGACGACACAGAACAAAAGGUGUUUUCCUAUAACCCUGAUAGAAAGGAGAGAGAGCAGCUAAAUAAAGGUACAGAGUAUCUAACCCUGAUGAAAGGAGCCAGUUAA